CAAAUGGAGAAAUCCAAUCACACUGCCAGGACCCAGGUUACUGAAUUUAUUCUCUUGGGACUCACCAACAAGCCAGAUCUCAAGGCAACACUCCUUGGAAUAUUUUUAGUCAUAUACUUGGUCACACUGAUGGGCAAUCUGGGCAUGGUUAUUCUGACUCAUUUCGACUCUAAACUUCAUACUCCUAUGUACUUCUUCCUGAGACAUUUAUCAAUCACUGAUCUUGGCUACUCCACAGUUAUUGGUCCAAAGAUGAUGGUAAAUUUUAUUAUGCAACAGAACACGAUUUCGUACAUAGGGUGUGCUGUGCAGCUGACAUUCUUCGAGAUCUUCAUCAUCACUGAGCUGUUUAUCCUCUCAGCCAUGGCCUACGACCGCUAUGUAGCCAUUUGUAAACCUCUUCUGUACGUGAUCAUCAUGGCAGGGAAAGUGCGUUGGGGCCUGGUACUGGUACCCUACCUCUACAGUAUAUUUGUGUCCCUACUUCUUACAGUUAAGUUAUUUACACUGUCCUUUUGUGGCUCUAAUGUCAUCAGCUAUUUUUACUGUGACUGCGUUCCUCUGGUAUCUCUGCUCUGCUCCGACACUCGUGAACUGGAACUGAUUAUCUUAAUUUUCUCAGGCUGCAAUUUGCUCUCCUCCCUCUUGAUUGUCCUCAUAUCUUACGUGUUCAUCUUUGUGGCAAUUCUCAGGAUGAAUUCAAAGGAGGGCAGGUCCAAAGCCUUCUCGACGUGCAGCUCUCAUCUGACGGUGGUGGUUGUAUUCUACGGAACACUGCUCUUUAUUUACCUGCAACCCAAAUCUAGCCACACCUUUGAUAUUGAUAAAAUGGCCUCUGUGUUUUAUACACUGGUCAUUCCUAUGCUCAAUCCGUUGAUCUACAGCCUAAGAAACAAGGAAGUGAAAGGGGCCCUUAAGAGAGCUUUUACUCAUGGAUGCAGAGUUCCCAUUUAA